GUAGUGAAGUUUUCUCCUCUACUAUACUUACUGCCUCUAGUGCAAAUCUUCUCAUAAUGGAGGGUACUAAGGGAUAUUGUGCUGAGCUCCUAAGAAGGUGCAAGCCUUAUAUUGCCAUGAUCUCUCUUCAGUUUGGAUAUGCUGGAAUGAAUAUCAUCACCAAAGUCUCCCUCAAUGGUGGCAUGAGUCACUAUGUACUUGUUGUUUAUCGCCACGCCUUCGCCACUCUCUCCAUUGCUCCCUUUGCCCUCAUAUUAGAACGGAAAGUGAGGCCUAAGAUCACAUUUUCCAUCUUCAUGCAAAUAUUUGUUCUUGGUCUACUUGGGCCGGUUAUAGACCAAAACUUCUACUAUAUGGGACUCAAGUUCACAUCCCCAACCUUCGCCUGCGCCAUGAGCAACAUCCUCCCUGCCAUGACGUUCGUCAUAGCAGUAAUUUGUCGAAUGGAGAAGUUGGACAUAAAGAAGGUGACAUGCCAAGCCAAGGUGAUAGGGAGCAUAGUGACAGUAAUAGGAGCCAUGUUGAUGACUCUAUACAAAGGACCCAUCAUCGAAUUGUUUUGGACUCGACAAGUAAGUCCUCACCAAAGUGGUGCAUCUGAAUCUGGCGCUGUUGGGUCAAGCGAGUGGCUUAUUGGGUCUGUUUUCAUCAUCUUAGCUACACUGGCUUGGGCUUCUCUCUUCGUGCUACAAGCCGUUACACUGAAGCAGUACUCAGCUCAGCUCUCUCUCACAACAUUAAUAUGCUUCGUGGGCACUAUUCAAGCUAUUGGUGUUACUUUGGUUAUGGAGCGUAAAUCCUCUGCAUGGGUCAUCGGCUGGGACAUGAACCUUCUUGCUGCUGCCUAUGCGGGGGUUGUGACAUCAAGCCUUGCAUACUAUGUCCAAGGUUUAGUGAUAAAAGACAGAGGGCCAGUCUUUGCCUCAGCUUUCAGCCCUCUGAUGAUGAUCAUAGUGGCCAUCAUGGGCUCUUUUGUCCUUGCUGAAAAUAUAUAUCUUGGAGGUGUUCUUGGAGCAGUCUUGAUUGUUGCAGGGCUCUACUCAGUGUUAUGGGGGAAAUACAAGGAGAAUAAAGAGACCAAGCGGAGAGAAUCAAUGGCGGCGAUCAUGGAAUUGACUGAAACUGAUGUAGAGAACGCAGAAGUCAAAGGCGGAGGUGUAGCUAUUAAUGACCGAGUUGCAGAAGCUACAAAGGCUUAAGCUGGAUGGAACCUAGCCUAUUAAUAUUAUUUGAAGAGAAAAUAAAAGGAGAGGCAUAAUUGAGUUGGUGAUAAAGAAAGUGAAUGCUGGAGCAGCUCUUUUUUACUCUUCUUCUUCUUCUUUUAUCCUUCAAAUUUUAGCUCCGUCAUCUUCACUUUAAAGUGAGCUUUUUAAGCAGCUCAUUGAGAUAAAUAUUUGAAAUGAGAAUGUGAAAGUUUAAUAAUUUGUUUUAA